AUGGACCAACCAGCAACCCAUAACUCGCCGAGGACAUGGCUCAUAACGUCUGCGCUCACGCCACUCGCUAUCCGGCUGAUACGUCAGCUCCUGGCGCACGGCGACUACAUAGUCGCCUGCCUACCACCACAGGAGAUUGAGCACGAAGACCGCAGUGCCGAAUUCCGUGAGCUCAUCAACGAAUGUAAGAGCAACCGCAAAGAUCGUGAGGGAUGGAAGGACCGGAUCCGCCCCAUCCGGUGUGAUAGCCGCGUCAUGGGCCAGUGCGGCGCUGCCGUCGCCGAAGCCGUCCAAAUAUUCGGGAGGAUUGACAUUAUGCUGUGUUGUAGAGCUGAAGCCGUUGUGGGGACGGUUGAGGAACUAUCAACCAACCCUGCGACGCAGAACCUGGUGAGGGACCAGUUCGAGACUGUCUACUUCUCGCAGGUGAACUUUAUCAAGGCUGCCUUACCGCAGCUCAGAGCGCAACACACAGGCCAUAUCAUGGUUCUGACCAGCAUUGGUGGCCACAUUGGGACACCAGGCAUGUCCUUUUACACAGCUGCCGUCUGGGCACUCGAGGGCUUCUGUGACUCGCUUGCAUAUGAGAUUGCGCCCUUCAACAUCAAGAUGACGAUUGUGCAGCCCAAUAAGGAAAUCCUAAGCCUAACCAACAAGCUCAUAUUCUCGCCGCCACUACCCCAGUACGAGGCCGACCUGAAUCCGGCUCCAAAUAUUCGGGAUGUCCUGUCCACCGUCCUGAACUCGAACCCGGACACGUACAUUGAGCAAAGCGAAGACGAGAUACAGUUCCGCUACCCGAAACUUCCGCCCGCCACCUUGGACAAGCUGGUCAUGGAGACGGUGCAUGCCUUGACAGCCAUUGGCGGACACGAGAACCCGCCGGCAAGGCAUAUCGUUGGGUUCGAAGGUGCGAUUGCCGUCAAAGAAAAGCUCAAGACGGUGACGGAGGAGCUGGAAGACUUUGUUGAAGUCAGUCUGGCCGUGGACAUCUUUGACAGCGAGCUCACAGCCGAGGCAAGGAAGGGUAGGUCAGAAAUGGAGGAUACACAAGGCAUGGGAGUGGGAGAGAUUCCAUCGAGUGCGGGAAUGGGUGGCUUUCCUGGUAUGGGACCAAUGUCAUGA